AUGCAAGACAUCGCAAUUGUGGGAUUCUCCAUCAAAUUCCCUGGUGAUGGUGACACACCGGAGGGGUUUUGGUCGAUGCUAGCAGAAAAGCAAUGUGUUAUGGAGAAAUGGCCGGCAGAACGGUUCAAUCUGGAGGCUUUUGCUAGCCGCAGCUCCAAGGGUUUUGUUCGAGGUGCACAUUUUAUGAAAGAAGACUGUGGAUUGUUCGAUGCCCCCUUUUUCGGCAUCUCGGGGACCGAAGCGUGUGCCAUGGAUCCCCAAGCUCGCCUAUUGCUGGAGACUGCAUAUCGGGCGCUGGAGAAUGCUGGGAUACCAAUGGAGGACGUGAAGGCUACGAAAACCGCGGUCAUCAACGGCUGCAUGGCCGACGACUACAGGCACAUCAUUGCCCAUGACCCAGAUGUUAUCCCAAAGUACACAGCAGUAGGAUCUACGGCCUGCAUGCUCGCCAAUCGGCUAAGCUGGUUCUUCGACCUCCGGGGCCCCUCGGUAAACCUCGACUCAGCCUGCUCCAGCAGUCUGAUGGCGUUGGAUCUGGCGUGCCAGAGUCUGCGGAACGGGGACUCUAACAUGGCCCUGGUGACCGGUUCUAACAUUUUGAUUGGCAUCGAACCCAUCCUUUCCCUCAUGAACAUGAGUUUCAACUCACCCGACGGUCGAUGCUUUAGCUUUGACACACGUGCCAAUGGAUACGGUCGGGGUGAAGGAGUGGGUGUUCUGGUAGUCAAGAGGCUAGAGGACGCGGUACGCGAUGGAGACAUCAUCCGCGCUGUGGUUCGGUCCACGGGGUCGAACCAGGAUGGCCAUACGCCAGGCCUAACCCAGCCGAGUAAAGAUUCCCAGGCCCGCUUGAUACUGGAUACAUACCAGAAAGCCAAGCUGGAUCGCCUGGAGACGAGAUUUUUCGAAGCGCAUGGGACUGGUACGGCGAUAGGAGACCCUAUCGAGGCUGAGGCCAUUGGAAGCGUUUUUCGAGCCUUUCGCUCCCCGGUGGAUCCUCUGUACAUAGGAGCGGUGAAAUCCAACAUUGGACAUCUCGAAGGAGGCAGUGGCAUUGCUGGCAUUGUCAAAACCAUUCUAGUGCUAGAAAAAGGCCUCAUUCCCCCUAAUGCUAACUUCGAACAAUUGAACCCCAGCAUCGAUGCCGAGUUCCUCAAUUUAAGGGUUCCCACUGAGCUCAUUCCGUGGCCAACGAAGGGGCUACGACGCGCCUCUGUGGCCUCGUUCGGCUUCGGGGGCUCGAAUUCCCAUGCCAUUCUUGAUGACGCCUAUCACUAUCUGCUCGAGCGCGGGCUGCUUUCCUCGGCCUCCCACUGCACUGUUAUGCACCCUACCCAUGGCGGCAUCAACGAGAAAAGGCUUUGCAGACCGGCAGUAGAUGCCAAGGGAUUGGAGGUUUCUCCUGCUUCACCGAGCUCCGAGCGAAAAGCGGCAGAGACAUUGUCAUCGCAACUUCUCAUCUUCUCCACCUCAGAUGAAGCAGGCAUCCAGCGAUUGGCCAAUGCUUAUGCGCAGUACUUUACAAGUCUUCCAUCAUUUCGCCGCGAUCAUGACGAAGAAUAUUCCUUUGUCAAAGAACUAGCUACGGUGUUAGCGCAAAAGAGAAGCAAGCUUAAUUGGAGGUCCUUUGCUGUGGCUGAUGGCUCACUUGGAUUUUUACGGGAUCAACUGCCGUCUGCCAUAUCGAAGCCAGUCCGUGUCAGCGAAAGCAGAUUGUUGGGGUUGGGUUUUAUAUUUACAGGCCAGGGAGCACAGUAUCGGCAAAUGGGAGUAGAUCUCCUUAAGUACCCCAUUUAUCGCUUAACCAUGGACCAAUGCCAAGAGGCCUAUAGCAGCCUUGGAAGCGAAUGGUCGAUUUACGAUGCUCUGCUCAAUCCUCACAAUACAUUGGAUAUCAACGAUCCAAAAUAUGCGCAGCCCCUCACUACUGCUUUGCAGAUAGCUUUGGUGGAGCUGCUUGCCUCUUUCGGGUUGACGCCACGAAUGGUGAUCGGUCACUCCUCAGGUGAAAUUGCCGCCGCGUAUGCGAUAGGCGCCUUAUCGUUGAACUCUGCCUGCAAAGUGUCGUAUUUUCGAGGCAUCUUUGCCAGCCGUCUGCGUAAUGAGGCCAAGAUUGCCACCAGGAGCGCAGGAGCCAUGCUGGCCGUAGACCUUUCUGUUUCUGAUGUGGAACCUUACCUAGACCGCGUCAGAUCAGAGCUAAAUAUCGACGACAUUCACGUUGCAUGUAUCAACAGUCCGAAAAAUGUGACAAUAUCCGGGGAUACAGUCGCAAUUGAUCAUUUCAGAUCCAUUCUGGACAGCGAGACAACGCCAACUAUCGUAUCGCACGCCUUACGGACAGGGGUGGCAUACCAUAGUCCCCAGAUGCGGCAGGUUGAGGCAGAGUAUGAGCAUGCACUGGCUGAUCUGAGGUCGCAACCUGACGUUCAUGGCCCAGGUUCAGCAGGGAUAACGAUGGUUUCGUCUGUGACUGGCAUGGAGAUCGCAAACACGGCCAUUUUAUCGACUGCAAAGUAUUGGGUAGAAAAUAUGGUGAGUCCGGUACAGUUCUCUGCCGCUAUGGUCUAUGCACUCUCCCAGUCGUUGGUGCGCAAGGGACGCCAGCAAAGACCUAAAAGGCUGGGCGCCGUGACACGCACUGUUGUUGUCAGUGACUGGAUCGAAAUCGGGCCGCACAGCGCCCUAAAACGGCCCUUCCGUGAGAAUCUAGAUUGGGUUGAAAAGAAGACUCAGAGCCCGGUAGUCCGGUACUCCAGUGUUCUUGAACGGCAUAGCCCGGCCACUCAAUCUCUCCAGACGAUGGCAGGCAAAUUGUUUUCGCUUGGUUACCAUCUAAAUUUUGGAGAGAUCAAUCAGACCCAUAAAAGGACAGGGUGGGGCUUUGAGGGCGUCAUCACCAACCUUCCUGAGUAUCCCUUCAAUCACACCAAGCGGUACUGGUUCGAACCAGAAGCGACGAAGAACAUCCGACUCCGGCCACAUAAGAAGCACGAGCUGGUUGGAGCUCCGUUUCCGGAUUCCACGCCACUGGAGAGUCGGUGGAGAAAAAUGUUUGAUGCAACCGAAACCCCAUGGCUACUAGACCAUGCAGUGAAUGGCAAGGCCAUCUAUCCAGCCACGGGCAUGAUCGUCAUGGCCAUCGAAGGGGCCCAGCAGUUAGCCGAGAAAGGAAGAAUAAUCUCCGGAUACUUCUUACAUGACUCCGUCUUUCUGAACCCUAUAAUCAUCAGGCCAGGCGGCGACAAGACCGUGACGCAUCUGCACAUGAGGCCCUCCCGUCAGACCCAAGAGCAAUUGUCUCAUGCCUAUGACUUUCAAAUCUACACCGAGGUGGGUGGUCGGUGGCAGACAAACUGCCGCGGGCAGAUUUCAAUCCAGUAUGAGGGUAAAUCCACCGGUGCGACCGCGGCGGAGCAACAGCAACAGCAGCAGGUGACAAGGGCGGAUACCGUAGCUCUGCAGUUAAAGCAAGAGGAGGCCUUCUACAAAGAGCAAUGGGAAACCGCUCGCCGGGAGUGUCACAUGCACGUACCUACCAGCAAGAUCUACAAGUCAUUUCAAGGAAAUGGACUGCACUAUGGACCAUCCUUCCAAGUUAUGGAUGAUCUCCAGUGGGGGGGAUCCAAUAUAUCGAUCGGGACAAUUAAGCCCUUCGAGUGGAAGGCAGAGCAGUCCGAGAAUGCUCCAGAGCCGCACAUGGUUCAUCCCUCAACACUGGACGGUCUCGGUCAGCUAGGAUGGGUGGCGCUAACGCAGGGAGGCGAGAAACUCGUCACCACAGGUCUAGUUUCCACUCGGGUGCGUGAGGCUUGGAUCUCUGGCGCUGGGGCUUCCGCAGAGCAUAUUGACACCCUGCAUGCUGUGGCGCACAGCCGGUUCAAGGGUCUGCGAGGCACGGACACGUCCGUAUAUGCCAUCGACAACGGGGGUAAAUUGCGGCUGUGGAUCUCCGGCAUGGAGACGACCUCCAUGUCUAGUAACAACGCGCUGCUGGGAGAGGCACAUCGGAGAGACCUAUGCUUCUCGAUCGACUGGAAGCCGGAUUUAACUCUGAUGGAUCGGGAACAGCUACGGGAAUACUGCGGUCAAGGCCCAUUCCACGGAGACAUAAAUGGCGCUGGAGUCAGAACCACCGAUGGGUUCGAUUGUGAAGGAGAGACGGAUUAUCUACUUGUGCAAUAUACACGCCGAACCGUGGAAAGGUAUGCAGACCACCAAGCUAAAUCGGAUCUGCCUGUGCAUCUGCAACGGUAUGUCGAAUGGCUGGAGCGUACGCUUGCCACCAUGACCUAUGAUACUCUACAAGACCCGCCGGACAUCAAGACCCUAGAAGACCGCGUGUUGAACCAGACUUCGGCGGGACACUUGUACGUCACUUUCGGAAAGAUGCUGGAAUCAAUUCUUGACGGGGCUGUUGAGGCAGCCCCAAUCUUGCAUGGACAACAAGGAACCCCGAAUCAUGCCGCUGUUCAGCAUCGUCAACUCCUCUGCGACAAGAUCUUAGAGGACAAGGCUCUGCACCGUUACAUUGAUCUAUUGGCCCACAAACACCCGCAAAUGAGACUCCUAGAAGUCAACGCCAGCACCGGCUCCCUAGCCGCACCAUUGAUAAAUGCUUUGACACACCGUGGUUCAGAUGGAACCGAGACGCAGCGCUUCUCACUCUACGAUUACACUGACAGAUCAGAUGCGUGUCUUCAAGAAGUACCAGAGCGCUUGGCCGCACUGGGGCGUAAAGUUUCAUACAGAGUACUUGACAUCGAUCAAGACCCAGCAGCGCAAGGAUUUGAACUUGCUAGCUAUGACGUGGUCGUGUCCGCAUGGGUCUCUGGCCAUGUCCGAGGCCUUACUUCCUUUGUUAAUAAUGCUCGGAAACUACUCAAACCCGGAGGCACACUCCUGAUCCUCGACAUGGUCCGAGAAGAUUCAUUGAGAUCGGGCUUUGUAUUUGGGACCUUACCGGAGUGGUGGGAAGACACAUGCUCGGUACAAGGCUGGGACAGCCUGCUCGCCUCCAAUGGCUUUUCGGGAGUUGAAAUCUCGUUUUCGCAAGAUUUGGGGAGCAGUCUUAUAGCUACGAAAGUGACAAGCACUAUCGCCAGGGACUAUAGUCCUCCCAAGCGGACUGUCUUCAUCAUUGAUCCUCAAUCCCACUUACAAGCCCAGGUAGUGAGCUUGCUGUCAGAUAUGUGCCUCAGCGUGGGAAACACCAUCGAGGCUUGCUCGCUCGGGGACAUAGACACCUUAGCGACUUUUACGGAUGCUACCCUGGUGGUCAUGCUCCCUGAAAUAGAACAGCCUUUCCUGGUCGAUCUGAAUGAAACCACUUAUGGGGCCCUCCACAGCCUCCUCAAUAAAGCCCAAGAGGUCGUUUGGGUUACUGCAGGAAUUGAGCAAUCCCCAAACGCACCUCGGCGUCACAUAGUGGAUGGCCUAGCGAGAGUGCUGUGCACCGAGAAUGAUCGACUCUCCUUCAUCACCGCGCACUUGGACGACCAUGUCGCUAACCCUGCUGUGUGGGCAAAACAUAUUUAUCAGAUCAUGAGCAUGAGACUCGCACCAAAUGCUACCAAGGCCAGUGAGCUCGAUUACCGCGAGCAGGAUGGAGUCCUGCACAUCGGCCGCGUGGCUGAAUCCGAAGAAUUGAACGAUGCUCUGUUUGAACAAACACAGGCUCCGCCUAAGUUGCGUCCUUUCAAACAAUGCCUUCCACUGACCUGUACGAUCGCGAACCCGGGGUCAGUGGAAAGCAAAGCAAUGCUCUUCGUUGAAGACACCGGGGCCAUCGAACGCCCACUCGGUGAUGAAGAAGUAGAAAUCGAGGUGAAAGCGGUGGGCGUCAACUUUCGCGAUAUCUUUGUCCUGCUGGGCCGGCUCCCUGAUGGCGACAGCAUUGGUACAGAAUGCUCGGGUAUUGUGACCCGGGUGGGUGCAGCAGGAACGUCGGACUUGAAGCCAGGAGACCGGGUCUGCGCCGUCCUCCCCGACUGUUUCCGCACCCUAGUUCGUUGCCAUUACCAAUUUGUUUCGAAGAUCCCGGAUACCUUGAGUUUUGCCGCGGGUGCAGCAAUUCCCCUCGGAGGUGUGACUGCAUAUCAUUCCCUGGUGCAGAUCGCACGGUUACGAAAGGGAGAGACAGUGCUCAUUCACUCAGGAGCCGGGGGUACCGGGCAAAUGGCCAUCAAAGUCGCACAAUCUCUGGGGGCCAAGAUCUUCGCCACGGUCGGCUCAGACGACAAACGAGACUUGCUCGAGCGGCUAUAUGGCAUUCCCAAGGAGCAUAUCUUCUACAGUCGAGACACAUCAUUUCAGCGACAUGUCAUGCGAUUGACUGGGGGCCGUGGUGUGGAUGUCGUGGUGAAUUCGCUCUCCGGCGAUGGCCUCAUUGCCUCGUGGGAGUGCGUCGCCCCGUACGGACGGUUCGUGGAACUGGGCAAGUCCGAUGUUCAAUCAAACUCCAAGUUGCCAAUGCGCAACUUCGGGCGUAACGUCUCCUUCUCGGUGGUAGCCAUCGACCAGAUGCAUUAUGACCGACCAUAUAUCAUCCAGGAAUCUCUGGGCCCGGUCGUUGAGAUGGUCACGGAUGGCACACUGCAGCCCGCCUGGCCACUUCAGGAAUUCACCCUCUCAUCGGCAGAGGAAGCAUUCCGUUUGAUGCAGAGCGGCAAAAAUGUGGGCAAGCUGGUGAUCAACAUGACUCCCACCGACCUCGUACAGACGUCUAUCCGACAUGUUCCGGCAUAUUCAUUCCCGCCCGAGGCAACAUACUUGAUUGCUGGUGGACUCGGAGGCUUAGGGCGAAGCGCCGCUCGAUGGAUGGCAUCCAUGGGGGCGAAGAAUCUGAUUCUGCUGUCUCGGUCAGGUCCCAAGGCAGCCGCGGCACAGGAGCUCAUUCGGGAGCUCACCGAUCAGGGAGUUCGCGUCCGGGCUCCCCGAUGUGACCUGACAUCUUCCGAGGCUUUGACUCGGGCUCUGAAUGGGUGCAGGGACCUGCCUGGGAUUCGAGGGUGUAUCCAGGGAACAAUGGUCUUGCAGGACACGAUCUUCGAACGGCUGACCUUCAAUCAGUGGGAUGCUACUCUUCAGGCCAAGGUGAAAAGCACGGAGAAUCUGCACGCGCAGCUCCCUGCCGAUCUUGACUUCUUCGUUCUUCUAUCCUCGCUAUCUGGUGUCAUUGGCCACAUUUCACAAGCCAACUACGCAGCGGGAAAUACCUUCCAGGAUGCAUUUGCGGCUUAUCGUCGGUCUCUGGGUCAGCGCGCGGUCGCGCUCGAUCUGGGAUGGAUGCGCGAUAUUGGAGUUGCUGCUGAGCAAGAACACUUGGCCAUGCGUGUGGAUGCUGCUCCCAGUAUGGCGGGGAUCAGCGAGGCCGAGUUCCUGGCCCUCCUGGAGCGGUGCUGUGAUCCCGCGGCGGAGACAGUCACCACGACCAUUGGCAGCAAGCCACAGGUUCUCGUCGGAGUGGUUACACCGGCACAGCUUCGGGCUCACGGCCACGAGACACCAACAUGGCUGACCGAACGCAGCAUGUUCCAAACCCUGCGACAAGAAUCAUCGGGGCCAGGGGAGGCCGAAAGCGCAGAAAACAGUCUCAUCACCCCGGGCGGCGAAACCUCACCCAGCUACUGGCACCGGACCUUUGCGCGAGCAGAGUCUUCCUCGGCCGCAGUCACCGUGGUGAUCGAAGGGUUAACGCAAAAACUGGCCCGGUCGUUGAGUCUGACGUCGCCAUCUGAAAUCGACCAGCAGCGCUCACUAGCUCUACAGGGGGUGGACUCGUUGCUGGCGGUCGAGAUGCGCCAAUGGAUCUCGCGGGCCUUUGCAGCCGAGGUUUCGGCGCUAGAUAUCACGAGUGCACCGAAUCUGGAGGAGUUGGCCGGAAUGGUGGUUGCGUAUAGCGAGGUGAAAUUCGAUUGA